CUCCAGUCUCUCACUUUCUUAUCCAAAAUGGCAAAAUCCAUUAACCAUCAUUACCUUCAAUCUCCGUGGCUUUUUUGCUCUACCGCGCAACAAUGGCGGUUUUUAGUGGCGCUACUACUUUAGGUUCUGUUUCAUUCGCCUCUCAUCUCUUCGACCAACAAUCCACUUUCCUCUCUUGCCCACUUAGACUCCUUCCUUCCUCGUCUUCUUCUUCUUCCAAUAGAAACUCUCUCGUCUGCAUAGUCAAAUCCUUCUCAAGCUCCGCCACAGCAGAUACCGAUAGAAACUCCGAUCAAUCAGCCUCUUCCUCAGUCCUCUCCGCUUCCAAUUCUCUUCUCCGUGAUACCUCCGACGAAGCUUCAGCUGCAGGACCAAGCGAUUGGAAAACAGCAAAAGCUUAUUGUAAAAGUGGUGAUACAUUUGAAGGUGAAGUUCAAGGCUUUAAUGGUGGUGGCUUACUUAUUCGUUUUCAUUCUCUUGUGGGUUUUCUUCCUUAUCCACAAUUAAGUCCUUCCCGUUCUUGUAAAGAGCCUCAGAAAAGUAUUCAUGAGAUAGCUAAGACUUUGGUUGGUUCUAAACUUCCUGUAAAGGUUGUUCAAGCUGAUGAGGAAAAUAGAAAGUUGAUUUUAUCUGAGAAGUUAGCAUUAUGGCCAAAGUAUUCACAAAACGUUAAUGUUGGGGAUGUGUUUAACGGAAGAGUAGGUUCUGUUGAGGACUAUGGUGCCUUUAUCCACUUGCGUUUUGAUGAUGGUCUUUAUCAUUUAACUGGACUAGUGCAUGUCUCCGAAGUAUCAUGGGAUUACGUUCAAGAUGUUAGGGAUGUACUACGCGAUGGUGACGAGGUUCGGGUUAUAGUCACGAAUAUUGACAAAGAGAAAUCAAGGAUUACACUAUCCAUCAAACAACUAGAAGAUGAUCCUCUUCUAGAAACAUUAGACAAAGUGAUUUUGAAGGACAGUUCUACUGGAUCUCCUUCGCUAAGCUCGAACAAUGGGGAUACAAUUGAACCUCUUCCAGGGCUAGAAACAAUACUUGAAGAGCUUUUAAAGGAAGAUGGAAUAGAAGCUGUGAAAAUCAACCGGCAAGGAUUUGAGAAAAGAGUGGUUUCACAAGACCUACAACUUUGGCUCUCAAAUACACCGCCUUCUGAUGGGAAGUUUGUUCUUCUUGCCCGUGCUGGAAGACAGGUGCAAGAGAUACACUUGACAACGUCUCUGGAACAAGGAGGAAUCAAGAAAGCGCUUCAGCAUGUACUAGAACGCGUCCCCUAAGAACCCGAAAAAAGACUUUUGAUACUCAGCCACUAUAUUCAGCUCUAUGCAUCUCAAACUCUUGCCAAUGUAACUUCAAGUGGAGCAGAGACUACUUCAGAAAUAUUCUUAAAAGGCAAAAAUGCAAAUUCAUUUGUAUCAUCAUUAUAUGUCACACAUAACACAAACCUAUGAAAAUAUAUGUGUAUACUCAAUGUUUUUAGUUACACAUUAUAAACUUCAUUAACAUAAACAACUCAUAAUACAUCAAAUUCAAGUCUAAAACCUUCUCAAGUCAAUAAUUGACUUUUUUGACACCAUGUUUUGGUAAGUACC